AUGGAAGCCUUUGUCUCGCGGAAGAAGAGAAAGCUCUCGUCGGGAGCUGCUCUCCAGCCCUCCCCGAGUCCGAGUCCAAGUUUAAGUCAAAUUCCCCGGGAAGAGCGCAGCCUCGCAAUCGAGGAAGAAGAAUCUACAGACUUCAAAUUAGCAUUGCUCUCUUCUCUACACCCGAAUACCGACCAAAAUGACCUGCUGGAUAUUCUCCUCGCCCAUGAAGGAUCUGUAUUAGAAGCCUCUUCUUCCCUGGCAGCUCCUCAUAGAUCGCCAUCGCGGAAAUCAGGCCCAUCCGCCGGGGCAACAGGAUACCAAAGCUCCCUGUCUAGCUUCAUCACCCAGGAUGAUUCGGGCAAACCCGCAAAGCUGCUUGUCAAGAGAGGCAAAACCCUGCAUCUCUACGACCCGGCAGACGUGGAGGCGCACACCCCCUGCUCAAUCAUCCACAACUUCUUGCCGCCGGCAGAGGCAAAUGCGUUGUUGGAAGAGCUACUGCUGGAGGCGCCGACAUUUGAGAGAGAGACGUUCAAGCUGUUUGACAACGUGGUGUCGAGUCCGCAUACGAACUGCUUCUAUGUCGAGUCGCAUGAGGAGAUGCAGAGGCAGAAGACAGAGUAUAUUUACAACGGGGCGAAGCUGACAGACGUCCGGCAACUUACACCCUAUAUGCUCUCAGCGUCCCCAAAGGUUACGGCGGCAGUGAACGCCUCUAUCAACACACGCAUCCAAGGCUAUCCCAACAAGCAGAAACUCGUCCAUCAAUGUCCACACCCUUGGCGUCCCAACGCUGCAGUAGUAAACUGCUACAGCGGUCCUACAGAAAGUGUAGGCUACCACGCCGACCAAUUGACCUAUCUGGGGCCACGCGCCACUAUCGGCUCUCUCUCCUUGGGCGUGGCGAGGGAGUUCCGAGUCCGGAGGAUUGUACCACAAGACGACUCCUCCUCCUCAACAAGCAAAAGCAAGAAGAACACAGAAGCAGCCGAUCUCCAAGGCCAGAUCUCAAUCCACCUCCCGCACAACUCCCUCCUGGUAAUGCACGCCGAAAUGCAAGAGGAGUGGAAACACUCCAUCGCUCCCUGCACAACGGUCAUCCCGCACCCUAUAUCAGGGAAUAAGAGGAUCAACAUCACGUAUCGUGACUACAAGGAGUACAUGCAUCCGCGCUUCACGCCACGGUGCAAGUGCGGUGUGCCAGCGGUGCUGCGGGUCGUGCAGCGGAAGAAGGCGAACUGGGGACGCUACUUUUGGAUGUGCUACGUGGGGAAUGUGCCGGAGAAGGGAAAAGAGGGAUGUACGUUUUUUGAAUGGGCUGUGUUUGAUGACGAUGGGAGGCCGGUUUGGAAGCAACAUAUGGUAUUAGAUGAGAAGGUUGGCGAUGGCGCUGGAGAGCUGAAGGUCGUUGGUGGUGGGAGGAAAGAUGCCGGGGAGUGA